AACAAUUUAACCAAAUAAUUUGAUCUAAAUUCCUUAUUUUCGAAAAGCAGAGAAAUUCCUUAUUUUCGAAAAGCAUACUCGUGGAACAUUUUAACAUAUAUAAAUAGGAUCGGCGGAUUUUGACAAACGUAGUGGAAGAUCGAAAUUGGCAGAAGAUGAAGGUUUCCGUCAAAACUCUCAAAGGCACUCACUUCGAUAUCGAAGUCAAACCAGAAGAUGCGGUUGCAGAUGUAAAGAAGAACAUAGAAACUGUUCAAGGGGCAGAUGUUUAUCCUGCUGCACAACAAAUGCUUAUCUUUAAGGGAAAAGUUCUUAAAGAUGACACGACACUGGCUGAAAACAGUGUCACUGAAAAUAGCUUUAUUGUGAUCAUGUUGACAAAGAAUAAGGGUGCAUCUGGUGAGUGCUCAACUGCUUCAACGGCUCCUACAAAGAAAGCUCCUGAGGCAAGUAGUCUGCCAACAGCUACAGUACCAGCUUCGACUGCACCUGUUGUGACGUCUGCGGCGGCUGCACCUCCUGCUGAAUCUGCUCCUGUUGCUUCAAGUACUCCUCUGUCAGAUUCUGAUGUUUAUGGUCAAGCAGCAUCUAAUUUGGUUGCAGGGAGUAACUUAGAGGGAACAAUCCAACAAAUUCUUGACAUGGGUGGAGGGACCUGGGACAGGGACACUGUUGUCCGCACCCUUCGCGCUGCUUAUAAUAACCCAGAGAGAGCUGUUGAAUAUUUGUAUUCUGGCAUCCCUGAGCAAGCUGAAGCUCCACCUGUGGCCCAUGCUCCUGUAGUUGGGCAAACCACUAGCCCUGCAGCACCACCUCAACAGCCUGCACAAAUGGCAGCUAUUCCUACUAGUGGACCUAAUGCAAAUCCAUUAGACCUCUUUCCCCAGGGCCUUCCGAACAUGGGUGCAAGUGGUGCUGGGGCUGGCUCUCUUGAUUUUUUACGGAACAGUCCACAGUUUCAAGCUUUGCGAGCGAUGGUGCAAGCCAACCCACAAAUAUUACAGCCUAUGCUUCAAGAGUUGGGGAAACAAAAUCCUAAUCUAAUGAGACUUAUCCAAGAGCAUCAGGGUGACUUUCUUCGCCUGAUCAAUGAACCUGCUGAAGGUGGAGAGGGAAACAUUUUGGGGCAAUUAGCUGAGGCGAUGCCACAAGCUGUGCAAGUCACACCUGAAGAACGUGAAGCCAUAGAACGGCUUGAAGCAAUGGGGUUUGAUCGUGCAACUGUGCUCCAAGUGUUCUUUGCGUGCAACAAGAAUGAGGAACUUGCAGCCAACUACCUUUUAGAUCAUAUGCAUGAUUUUCAGGAUUGAGUUGGUAAAAGAAAUGACUAGGGGAAGUACAAUAUCAUUUUCUCUUUCGUUUUUUGGGUCCAUUGUCGUUCAUGUUCCCCCUCCCCUCCCCCCAAAACUCUACCGACUUUAUUCUUAAUCAAGUGAUGUAAGUGUUUGGUGUAGAGACAAGGAAUGUGAAGAUGUUAACUUCAUUUUUUUUUUCUUUUUUCUUUUUAUUUCAGGACCCAUUAUUUAUAAUACAAGUUUCUUUCUAA